AAUGAUUGAAUCUGUUUCAGAACCAUCAGAUAUGGUCUUGACGCCCGAUUUCGUAAAAGAAAAAGUUGAUGUAAUAGGAGACACACUUUUACCAUUUAAAUCGGAACUGAGAUACCUGAAAUCGUAUGACGAUUUUAUGAAAUGGCGCACUGAGAAGAAUGUCACAUCGUUAGAAGAAAACGAUUUGCUAACAUAUUUCUUCGAAUUAUCAGAAACGUACAAACCUUCAACAUUAUGGAGCGUCUAUUCUAUGUUGAAGACAACAUUAAGUUCUAAACAUAAUGUAAAUUUAAAAAACUAUGAGAGGCUAACAUCGUUUCUCAAAGAACGAGCAAGAGGAUUUAGAUCAAAAAGAUCCAACGUUUUCACAAACCAACAAGUGGAUACCUUCUUAAAGACUGCACCUGAUGAUAUAUACCUAGCAAUGAAGGUUCUGUUGAUAUUGGGAAUAAGUGGCGCCUGCAGAGGCAACGAGUUAAUAAAUCUGAAGGUUUCUGACAUUGAAAAACAAGGAGAAAUACUACUGGUGAAGUUACGUGGCACUGCAAACGAAACUUCUUCCGACCGAACAUUCUUUAUUAGAGAAGAAUAUGUGAAUACAAUACAAAAAUACAUAAAUUUACGACCAGGCGAUAUAGAAACGAACAGAUUAUUCAUAAAAUAUAUGAACGGUAAGUGUUUUCGGCAAGUAAUGGGCAAGAACAAGAUUGCAGCUAUCCCUAAAGAGAUAGCCACCUAUCUCGAGUUGCCAAAUCCACAUCAAUAUUCGGGACACUGCUUUAGAAGAACAUCGGCUACAUUGAUGGCGAGCUCUGGUGCCGAUAUAAUGGCGAUUAAAAGAACUGGAGGGUGGAAGGCAAAUAGAAUGGCUGCGGGCUACAUAGAAGAGGCUAUGGAAAAUAACAUCACGGGGACAGAUUCAACGAGUCAGCAUUACACGUAUCCUCCACACCCAAGCACUUCUCUUGAAAUUGAAAUAUCCCGGACAACACCAAAGUCACCGCCAUAUAUAAUUUAAUAUUAUUGUCACGAUAUUGAAUUAUUUAUAUCAUUUUAUUAGGUAAAAUAUAAUUCACUCACUAAUAAUACUUUUUAAAUAGUGUAAAUAAAUAAGUUUCCUUUCUUGUAUUGCCAAAGAAAACUAUGUUUCCCUAGGGUUCAAAGAGUUUAUUUAUUUAUUUGACUUUAUUGCACAAAUAUAAGAUAAAUGUACAAAGUUAUGAUAUCUCAUGUAGAACAAACGCCAUGAUCAAUUGUGCCAUGAGAGAUUGAGUGGUUGUAUAGAUUAGAUGUAAGGCCUCAUUAGGCUUUAAGGGCUUUAAGGCUGUAUUCAAUUCAUUUUGAUUGAACGCCAUAACACUUAUUAUCGUUAUAUAAUUAUGUUUUUAAUAUUAUUGUGUUAGUGUGUGCUGUGCCAUAAAUAUGAAAUUAAAAAAUGUUUUAUGGAAUAGAAAAAAAAGUAUUUCCUUGUACCUACAGUAUUUAUGGUAGAGCUAUGCUCGGGGUUUCUUUGGGAUCGCAUCAGUAAGGAGGUAAUUCUUCAGAGACUAAGUUAUUUUCUGGCAUAGUUCUUAACAAACUGAAGUGGCUGUGUGUCGACAUAUCUGCUGGGCAAGCGAUCACCGCUACCGUAAACGUUCUCGAGUGGAAAUCGCCGAAAAAACAAGCAUAGCGUGGGACACCCUGUCCUCCGUCCCACAGGUAGUGGGUGAAUAAGGACGGCUGAGUAAAGAGUUUCCUGGAGGGUCACUCUCUUAAUUUUCGAACGAAUGAACGAAAAUGGUCACGAAUCGAAUAAAGUACAACGAGAUAGAGUCGCAGUCGUGGUUAACGUCUCAGUAUUGUUUUUCCGAAGCUUCAAAGCGCUGCGCGAACCAAGGCUCUAUCUCGUUGUAUUGAGCGAGUCGAUUGCAUGAUAAUUCUCGUUCGUUCACGAUUUAGAGAGAGACCCCUCUGGUGCUCCCUGGGAGAGACAAUGUCCAGCAAUAGACGAUUAUAAUGAUUAAUAGUCAGAGUUUAGCGUGAGAGCAAUGCUACGUAGUAACAUUAAUUUAUAUAUUUUUAUUAAAGAAGAAGAAACCUUCAAGAUGAUCAAGAUGGCGAACGGAAAAGAUUAUUUGCUACACAACGCUUCGUAUUUGUUCUUCUGCCAUUACAAGACUUUUAAAGGCGCGGUCUGGAAAUGUACAAGGUAUCCUAGCUGCAAGUCUUUCGUACACACAGAAGGAAACAAUGCUUCUGAAGAUGUUAACAUUGUUAAGAGCUUCAUUGACCACGCGUGUCAUUUAGGUUCUAAGUAUGUUCCGACUGCAGACGGUUUUUACGUAAAAGUUUGUUAUAAGUAAUACUUAUUAUUAUUAUAAAGCCACUAAUAGACGUAACAAGUGGUAGAGUACAAGUAUAAUAUACAAAUGCUUGUUUAUUAGUGAUCAUCCCUUUGGCAGGUGAAUGUAGUCGACAUACUGUAUAACUUUCAUUAUGGAGCCAACUCUGAAAUCGGGAAAAAUAAAAAAACUGUUUCAUAGUUAAGUUAAAUACCUACUCAAUCAGAAUUCUAUGGAACAGCUGUUAGAAGAUAUACAGUAUGUCGAGUACAUUCACCUGCCAACGGGAUGCCCACUAAUAAACAAGCACCCUGUAUAAAGAGUUAUUUAUAUAUUAAGAUAGGUAAAGGUUAAGUAAAAUAUGCAAAUGUCUGCUAUCUUCUUAACUAUUUUGUGUUACAAUACAAAAAAUAUCCACUAGAGAUAAAUAAAUGAUUUACAUAAAAUAUACUUAA